AUUUACAAUUCACCCAAACGUCACUUCCGCAUUCGCCAUUUUCUUCUACUCAUAUUAUUUAUUUACUCACACUCGUACGAUUGCAAUAGCCUUCACAGAGAUAAUUUUCACACAGCUAUGACAUGAUAAUGGAGUCCUGCCAUUAGGUCAUAAUGAGUAACACCACGCUGUCACCGUUGCCAACGGCACCCACAGCCCCUGCAGGAUCCAGCCCUUCUACCGUGGUUCCAGUCACUAGUGCUGAAACCAACAGCACCCCGGCGACUUACAAUGUCACCCAACCCCUCAUCUUCCUGCAGACAGCUGCUGCCCAGGGGAUUGCUGGGACAUUUGCAUUUGCCGCAAUAUUGAUAACAGUACACCAGCAUUUGUCAUCUACAGUUUCCUCAGCCUGUGCUAUGAGUACCUGGGUGGGGAAGGCGCCAUCAUGUCAGAGAUCAGAGGAAAACCUAUUCAGUCAAGUUGGCUGUCGUGUACGUGCUGUUUUGCAGGUCGACAGUACACCAUUGGAUUCUUGCGCUUUUGUAAACAGGCCACGCUGCAGUUUUGCUUCAUCAAGCCCAUCAUGGCAAUUCUGACACUGCUGCUGCAAGCUUUUGGCUACUACAAGGACGGAAACUUCUCUCCUGCAAGUGGCUACCUGUACAUCACCAUCAUCUACAACAUCUCGGUGUCCCUGGCGCUGUACGCUCUCAUCAUGUUCUACCUGGCCACCAAGGAGCUGCUCAGCCCGUUCGAUCCAAUUCUCAAGUUCUGCAUCAUCAAAUCGGUCAUCUUCCUCUCCUUUUGGCAAGGAGUUGUUCUGGCCAUUCUUGAGAAAGCGGGUGUGAUUGACCCAAUCUACUCUCACAACGGCACACAGCGUGUGGGUGUGGGUACUGUAUCUGCCGGCUGGCAGAACUUUUUCAUCUGCCUGGAGAUGUUCAUGGCGUCAGUGGCUCUGCGCUUUGCAUUCCCACACAGUGUGUACAGCACGGGCCCGACCAGCACACAUGGACGCACUGUGUCCCUGCAGUCUAUCUCCAGCAGCCUCAAGGAGACCAUGAAUCCGAGGGACAUCAUGCAGGAUGCGAUCCACAACUUUCACCCCCAGUACCAGCAGUACACUCAGCAUGGGAUGAAGCCCUCGGAGGACGACCACCAGGACAGUGGCUGGAGCACGGAGCACUACCAGUACCAGCAGCAGCGACCCGUUUCCAAUGGUAACACCCCCGCCCAAGCUACUGGCACCACCCCGGCAUCGUCGGCUCCUGGCCCUGGCAACUCGGCCCCGGCCAACCAGUCCCAGGCUCAGGCAGGAUCGGGCGGUGCCCACCCGGCGGCCGCUGGUGGUGGAGGUGGCGCUACUGGCGGGGCGAAGAAGAGCCGCUUCAAUGAGAAAACGACGCUGCUCAACUCUGAUGACGAGUUUCAGGACUCCGAUUCAGAUUUUUAACAUACAAAGUUUUUCUGAGCUGCAGAAGAUAUGCGUAAGUGGCUUGAACUCGUUUCCCUGUUUGCCUGCCUGACAUUGGCACACGCCAAGAGACAGAUCUGCUUGAAGCAUUUUUUUUCCUCCUGAGUGUUUGAGACAUUUUUGCUCACAGAAACUGUCUGUCUGUCUGUGCUCACUAUUGGUGGCAUGCAGCGUGUGCAUUAUGUCAGUCGCAAGUUUUUUUGUUUGUUUAUGUUUUUGUUGUUUGUAGUCACCCACAAGUGAUGUGCAAGACUCCAGGGGGCCAUGUUAAUAAUGAGUGAGUUGAACGUGCGCUGUAGGUAAACUGACUUCCCACUAUGCUUUUCUGGGUUGUUUGUUGGUUUCCGUUGUAUGUAAGACCAACUCACACAUUAUUUAUAUGGCUCCCAACCUUUUCUAGUUUGUUUUUCUUGACUACAGCGUCAAAAUCCUUUGUUUCUGCUGGUAUUUUGUGCACUACACCCUUAGACACAUCAUUCCUUCUCAGCCUGUUGUUGCCCAUAUAUACAUAUCCUUGUUUGAACCUGAUCUGCAUUUUUGUCCUGCCCUUUGUUUUUGUCAGAAGAGUUUGGGUUUAUAAAAAUCUCAGUGAUGUGUGCGUGCUGAUACAGAGCAUUCCAUAGCAUCUGGUUACAAUUUUUCUCAUGAAACUGCCACUGGUUUCAUUUGUGAUUUGCUAAGUUUUGACUACUAUUUUUAUUAUUGCUUCUGUAAAAAAAAAAUGUUCGAACAGCACUGCAUUUUCGUUACUUCUUUUCCGCAUGAAAAAAUAUUGAAUGCUACGCAUGACAUAUGAUGUUCAACUCUGACAGACCUAUUGGCUUCUAACCUUAUUACUUGAUUAUCAUCCUGAAUGACAAAAAAGAGUGUUUACCAGGCAGUGUGUUUAGGUUCUCUAAAGCGGUGUGGUGCAAAAGUCUGAAGUUUAUUGUAGUUUAUUUAGGAAAACGUUUGAACCAAGUUCACUUCCACAUAUAGACUAACAGGUCGAUGAUACUGAAACAUUUUUCCUUUUUGGAUUGCUUGUUGAUCCGCCCUUCUGCAUCACAUGCUAUUAGUUUAGAAAAGGUGGAGACAUACGUGUGUCUUCCCUUCUGGAAGUUUUAUACAUUUGUUUAUGAGAUUCCACAGUUCCGAAGGGGUGGUAGGAAUUAUACGCUUAGAUAUAUAUCGAUUUAAAUGACAUGCCUGGUUUUCCCUCCACAUUGUCAUCUAGUAGUAAGACCAUGCUGAGAGACAGGCUGUCCUCAAACACAUCAAAAUAACUCAUUCAUGCACUUCAUCCUUCUCAUUAAAAAAAACCCAAACACUCGUGAUCAUGAACAGAAAACUUUGUGUUUUUGCCCACCAACCCUGAAUUUUGUGUGGUUCUGAAAAUCCAAAUGGUGUUGUGGUAUUUCAGUGUCGUCUCAUAAGUCUUGUGAUUGGCUGUGCGUGUCAGUAUCCUUGUGCACUCAGUGGCAUGGCCUACUUCUGUAGUUUAUAGAUAUUUAUAGUCACCCAGUCUAUAAAAUGAUGUUUUCUUGUAAUUAUUAACUAUAUUUCGUGUGGACAUGAUAUUGUCAUUGUUAGAAAUAAUAAUUCUUUUGUGCUUUCAGACAAGUAACGAACAAAAAAAAGAUUUGAUGCUAUAUUUUAUUCAUAUAUGUAAAUUCGUUAUAAGAAUCAAACUUUUUUUUGAGUAAAGAAUUUACAAAUAAUUACUUUAAUGCCUAUUUUUUUUGUGUGACAUCUAGGGUCGUUUCAUCGUUAGAUUUCUGUGAGUGAAAGAGUGGAAAGCUCAAAUGUCCGUGAAAUAUUAGUCCUUUCCUGUAAUCAUCUUGUUAGGUGCACUGAGGUGUUAGAUCACAUUUGCAUUAAGCUGCUACGAGUAGUAGUCCUAACUUAUUAAAUCCGUAUAAUUACUUGUUUUCUCCUGACAAGAUCCCACACAUUGUGAUCCAUAGUACUACCCAACCCACCCAUCCCAUCCCCUCAAAUUAUCAGCAUUUUUGUCUCCCCAUUGUAAUUUGCUGUCAGAAAAUAUUGUAAUAUCAGAGGGCAUGUUCAUAGCUUGUUAAGUUUGAUGUUCUGAUGAUGUCAUUGGAUGUAAAUCACAAAAAAAGCUUAUUGGUUUAAAAACAAAUUUGCUGUUUUUAGUGAUAGCCUCUAUGUGCAUACCUGGUGGGACCCACUAAAUGUGUAGAUGUCACACGGGGAAUUGAUGUUUACAGCAAGUUGAGGAAGUAGUUACUGCAUGUCACGUGGACACAGAUUAGUCAAGAGUGCUUAAAAAAUUAAGAGGGAGACAGCACUACGAUUCUCACCCAACCAUUGGCAUGAAAAUAUUCCAUUCAAGGCUCAUGUAGAAAAGGAUAAUUCAGUGAAUCAUCCAGUUCCAUCAUCGUCACAUCCUGUUGAGCAGAUUAUUGUAAUGAAGAUGGCCCCUAAAAGUAAAAUUGAGGGUUUUGAGACAUAAAUGAGAGAGCCGCUUCUUGAUCUAUGUCCAUUGUCUUGUGUCACUUGCCUCUGUGUGCAUUGAGCUGUCACAUCAACAUUUUGUCAUUGUCUUUACUGUACUCUGAUUUGAAGUUUUUUUGCAUGCGUUUGUCGAUAACUUUUGUUUUGCAAGUUGACAUAUCUCACACUAAAAUGCAUUUUAUGUUUUGCCAAUAACGAUAAAUAUAUAAAUAUAUAUUUUCUUUAGAAUGAAUUUUAUUGCCAACUGUUUGAAAAAUAUCAUUACAUAGUUGCUCUGGCAAAAUAUGUUUUGUGUAAUUUAAUGCCUCAUGCUUCAGUCCUUGUUCAAAAUGAUUAUGUUUACUAGUACAGAGGCCUGAUCAUAUCAAAUAUGAAUGGUGACUAUUACGGUCCCCCUUUCCUCCUGCAUCCCUCUCCCUCCCUCUCCUCCCACCGACACACACCAACGCAAUCCCCUUUUACUUAUAUUUUGAUUAGAAAAAAAUAAUAUAAGCAAGGGUAUUUGUCUUUCUGUUUCUAAAAAAUGAGGCUUAUCUCAGAAAUAAUGACUGUAUUUGCUUUUGCUAUUUAUGUAAAGGUCCUCUGUAAGCCUGGACAGCUCUCAGCUUGAAUGUCUUGGGCUGGUGUGUUAUCUGAUGUAUGUGGUAGGUUUCACCAUUGUGAAAAGGAAAACUUUUGAGAAAACUAUUCUGCCUCCACAUUAACAAGUUAUCAGACAUUCACUAAACAGGUGAUUAUUACAAACGUUUCGGGGAAAACAUACAUUUCUAUGAUUAAAAUGAUAUUUGCCAGUUACACUUGAACAUUUACAAAAAUUGUAAAACUUUUUCUUGGAUAUAGUCUGUUUAUUUGCGUUUCAUUUUGAACUACUGCUUAUAAAUUCUUUCUUCCCCUUGUGUUGAUUUUCUUUUGUUUUAUCAUACCAGAAAUGGAAUGCCUCAAUGUGUAGAUGUAGGCUAUCUCUGUUCUCUUGUUAGGUAGAAAAUCUUGAUGUGUAUGUGUAAUAAGUUCAGGAGUGUCCACUCUGUCAUGGAAUUUAAUGUACUGCAGACUGUAAUUCGAAGCAUUGUUGAAAAUUGCUGGUCUUUUGUUGAAAAUGUUGCUACUUUCAUUAGGCUCUCCUUUUUGUAUAGAAUUUUUGUAAUAGCCAAAGGAUUGGACUUUUUAACAGUUAUGUAAAUGGCUCGCUUCUGUUGGGUAAUAAAAGCAGUCUUCAGGAUAGGGGUUGAUUGUAUUUUUCUUUUUAGAAAGCCCAGGUCUCUCUAUUUAUUUUGAGUUUAGAGAGAUACUCAGAUUUAGUAUUCUUUACUGUUCCAUUGAGGAUUGUCUGAUGAGUAGGCUAUAAUUCGCUACUAAUUUUUUUAAACAAAAAAAUAAAGCACCCAACUUGUCAGUAGAUGUUAUCUCCUUGGAAGUGAGUUUUUCAGAAUGUUGCUUGAAUUGUUUUCUCUAUACCACAGACUUGUUCAGUUGUUUCUGUGUUGCAGCAAUCAGCUCAGACAAAGUACUUAUUAUUCUUACUAUGGCACCUCUUGUUCUCAUGUCUGAUGUGCAGGUGAAUGAAGCACACAAACUGACAAUCUGCCAUGUCAUUGGUGCAGCCAAGUUUAUUCAUUCUUUACUGCAGUUGAUUGUGUCUAGUCAUGAAUGCCUUCUUUCUUUCCUCUGAACAAGAAAUAUCUUAUUUACAAAGUGGAACAGAUAUUAUUUUCAUAUUUUCACCCACUGCUGAGCUGUCCAUGUAAAGAGCAGUUUGUUACACAUGGAACUCUGUUGUGUCUUUAUGCCUACCUAUUAUUUUUUUUUUCUGAACGUGUGUACUUAUUUAUUCUUCUCAUGUACUUAUUCUAUGUCAUUUUGAACAAGAAUGUUUAAGCGUUUGGUAUCAUGCUGUGGAUGUUUUUCUUGUCUUUUCGUAUUAUUUAGAAUUUCUGUAACAAUUUCAUUAUGUGAAGUGUUUAUUGGUUUGGGGUUUUUUUUAAACUCUAGAAACAAAAAAAAUGAAAAGAAGAUCUGAUCUCUUAAAAAAAAAACAACUAAGAAGAGAUUCAGUGUGAUUCUGCCAUUUGAAUUGUUGAACACUGGGUCUCCAGUCAGAGCAGUUUUAGCUCUGUUUGAAUUGAUUACACGGCUGUUCUCUUAGGUUCCAUUUCUAAUUGCAGUUGUGUUUUUGGUUUACACAUAUCUCUUUCUUAUGUUUGAUUGUUAUUUUAAAGUACAGAGGGGUGUCUUUGGAAGCUAAUAUUGAGACUUAAUGUAGUUGACUCUCGCUUACUCAGUGAAUGGCAAUGUUCUCUUUCCAUGUGAAACAUUCCCUUUUCAUAAUGUGGCAAAUUUUUGUUUGCUUACAACUUUGAUGUUCAUGACACUGCUCUUGGCAGUUUUCUCAUUGACAAGGCUGGAAUGUUUUGGAGUGUGUGGUCUGCUUUUACACCUAUCUCCAAAGCCGAGGUUUUUUAGCCUGAGGGCAGGACGAAGCGUCAUGUGAUGGGCCUCCCAUGUCACCAUGUCAAGGGUUUGUUUUUGUCAUUUAGAUGGAGAAAAUGUCCUCAGAAAAUGCCUGCAAUAAGAAAAGUUCUCUUACUUUGCUACAAAACUUUUAGAUUCCCUGUCUUGAGUUGCAAAGAAAGGGUCUCGGUUGUUGUAGCAAACGAUAAGUUUUGAUGGAACAAAUUGAUAUUGGCUCAUGCACUUUGACCCUUGUCCUGUCUUGUCUAUGUUCGUAAGGAAACUUAGUAGUAAUAUGAUCUGACCAAUGAAUUACUUUUGAUAUGGCAUUAAGUACUUAUAAGAGCGCUGCUGUCUUAAAAAUAGUGCAACUUCUUUUCCAGAAGAGAGAAAAGUGAAAAAAAGUUCAAAUAUGUAACUGGAAGUAUUGUUCCAGUGUCACUAAGUCCAAAAUAAUAUGUUUUUUAUUAUCUAUGACAGUAAUUAUGAAGUGAGGCUAAUGUAUUAGGUCAAUGGUUUUACGCAUUGACCUUUUUUUUUCUAAAGUUUGUUCAUUUUAUUCUAUAGCCAUUCUCAAUUCUUUACUCUACCUUCUUUUCAAAUGCUCUAUAAUAUGGUAAAAAAAAAGCCAUAUCACCCCGUUUUCUAUGACCAAAUAUUGGUUUAUAUUUAGUGUUACCAUAAACUCCUAAACCCUUUUCUUAAUCCUAUCCGUACAUUGUGUUUUACUAUCGUAUCCAUACGAUGUAGGGAACUCUGUGCCACCACUUUCUAAAGAAAAAAUUUACUCGUUAAUCCGAUCCAUACACUUUGCAUAGCAGUCUCUCAAAAUGAUUUUUUGAGAAAUACUGAAAGUUUCAAAGAGAUCUUCAUACUAGAACUAGAAGUAUUUUAAAAUGUGAAGAAUACAACCCCGGGGGUACAAAACGACUCCAGGGUGUACGGAUAGGGUUAAGGUCAUGGUUCUCCAACCUGUAUUUCCAGCAUUAAUGGUUUUGUGUGUUGAAUUCUUUAAAAUUCUGUAAAUCUAAUCUACUUACCUCAUGACAGAGCCAUUGCAGUCUCUCAUUUAUUUGUCUGACGCUAUUCACUGACAUUUUGAUACUUUGUAACUGGGUCCUUCCCGUUGAAGAAUUUGAAAGUCCCAGGGUCCUAAUCUCACUCUGAUAUAAGAUAUUGAAUUAUUAUGGAUGGAAAGCACGUGUCAGACAGUGUCCCAUUUCACCAAGGUUCCUAUGGUCUAUGAGGCAGCUUCAGGGUUUAUUGGUUUGUUGUAUACCUUUUUUCCCCCUAAAGGGCCGGCUUUUUAAAGCAAAGUUUUAGGAGUGUUUUCCAUUCUUGCCGAAACAGUUGAACUUUUGAAACCCACUAGAGAUGGUUGCAUGACUUAUGUAAAUUAUACUUUGACUACUGUUCUUGUUCACUUACCCAAAAUAUACUUAUGAAUGUAAAUAUACUUGAUUAUAUAUUGCAAGCUUUUACACUAUUUUACUCCGCUCCUCCCCAUUCAUGUCAUUUUUGUUUUCUUAUUGUUAUGUUGUCAUGAAUCAUAACGAAUUUUUUGGCUGUGUUGCACAGUGAUCCCAAUCAUUUAAGACCUGUACUUGCGUACCACAAAGAAAGAAAAUUGAUUUUGAAAGAGGUAUUGAAUACUUCUGUUAUGGUCGAGAGCCCUCUUCGUUUAAGAUCAGCUUAGUGGAUGCUUGAGGCUGUUAAAAAUAUCCGGUCUUUAAGUUGGGGAAAGUCGCUGUGAAUGGUAUUAUUUUUUCAAGUAACAUGAAACCUCAGCUUACUUGAAUUUUUUCAUCUUGUUUUAUAUAUAGAAGCUUUUAUCUGCACUCUUCCUGUCUCAAGUUGCUUACCUGUGUUUGCUUGUCCACUCACAGAAUAAUUGAAAAGAAAAAAAAA